GAGGCGCGCCGAGCAUCCUGGCUGCGGUGUUUUUGUCUGUCUGUCAGUGAGCGCUCCCAGGCCGAGGCGGCUGGAAGGAUUUACAAAGACGGGGGGCAGGCGGCGGCCUAAGAAAGCAAAAGAAGGACGGCAGUUAAAGAAAAACCGGCGACGAGCGAGCCCCCGUCGUUGCUGGUGACAAGUUUCCAGCAGCCGCCUGCCUAAAAUGGCUCAAGUGCUGCAUAUGGAGUCCGGCUUCCCAGGGAAGCUCAGCUCGCCGGCUCCCCCCUCCCUCCACGGCAAGGAGCAGGAGGCGCCCUACUCAGUGGAGACCCCCUAUGGCUACCGCCUGGAUUUGGACUUCCUCAAAUAUGUCAACGACAUCGAGAAGGGAAACACUAUCAAGAGGGUGCCCAUUCAACGGCGGCCGCGCUACGGCUCGCUACCCCGCGGCGGCUACGGCUACAGCGGCUCCUGGUGGACCUCCACGGAGUCUCUGUGCUCCAACACCAGCGCCGACAGUCGCCACUCCUCCUUCUCCUACUGCGCUCCGGGCUACCACACGACACACAGGCCCAACUUCAGCACCGCCCGCGUGGAGAAGACCUUGUUGGAUGCACGUCGGAAGCUGGAGGAGGAGAAGGAAGCGAGGAGGUUCUCCAACUUGGGCAGCAUGCACAGCAGCGUGGUGGGUUCCAACACCUCCAUCAGUAGCGCGCAUAGCUUCAACCGGGCCCAUGGUGCAGCAGCAGGAGGAGGUGGAGGAACCUUCACUCCUAUAAACUCUGGGCUGUCCACGCCGGUGACGCCCACCCCGGCCCACCUUCAGCACGUCCGGGAGCAGAUGGCGGCCGCCCUCAGGAAGAUCCGAGACCUAGAGGAACAGGUGAAGACCAUCCCCGUGCUCCAGGUGAAGAUCUCCGUCCUGCAGGAAGAGAAGCGACAGCUCAGCGUCCAACUGAAGAGCCAGAAGUUUCUGGGCCACACCAUGGGUUUCAACCGAGGUCGGAGCCGAGGCGAGCUAUACAUCGACAUUCCCGAAGAAGAAGCGAGCGCAGGAGAGAAGGUUGCCAACAAGCCACCGGGGGCGACGUCUCCCACCGCGCCGGAAGGCUCCAAACAAGACUCGGGAUGCGAAAUCGAGGACACUGUUAUCGUGGCCGGAGCCAGGCCGGAUGCUAAACGGGAGCUGCGCACAAUCGGAGUGGGACCGGAAGGCGAGAGGAGCAGUCGACAGGUCGGGGUAGGCGUUCGGGAGGUGGACCUGGGUCUCCUACCUGAGGCUGAGGCUCUGAAGAACCAAGUGGUUCAUCUGGAGGCUCAGCUGAAAAGAAUGAUGGAGGAGCUGCACGCCGCGCAGCUGCAGGCCACGUCCACCCCGAAGGACGAUGGCCCUCGGGCCGAGCACCCGGUGAUGGCCACCACCAUGGGCUGGCAGGAGCUGCAGGACGGCAACCUGCAGACUGUGGUCAGCUUCACGCAGCAGUCCCCCCACAGGCAGCAGAGAACCGUUGGCAUCCAAGUCUACACGCUGGAGCGGCCCACCGUGGUGGAGGUGGGCUCUCUGCUCCGAGCGGUCGGCUGCAGCUCGCCCCCUGGUGGCUCAGCAGAAGCUGCGACGGGGUUACCGAUUGCAGUCAGCUCCAAGCAGGUGCGCGACAUCCUCAAGAGCGAGUUGUCAACGUCCGUGCCCAUACCCAACAUCGCCGUCGGCACGGCCGGCGAUCAGAUUACCGCCGUGUACUUCAAGGAAGACGAAACGCGCCUGCAAGGAGGUGCCGAGACGCUUCAAGACGCCACAGCCUCGUCUCCCCAAUCCUCCCUGAGGUCCAUCAUGAAGCGCAAAGCGGAGGGGGAACCCGGCUCUCCAUCCACCAAGAAAAACUUGCACUUCAUUGGCGUUAAUGGGGGUUACGAGUCGACGUCGUCCGACGACAGCAGCAGCUCUGACGAGGAGAGCGACUCCAGCGAGUAUCACGAAGCCAGGGAAAAACUGCCAGAGUCCACGGCAGAGCACCAGCAAUCCUCCCGGCCUCUAGAGGGCGACGUACCCCCGCAGACAACAGUCCACUCGGCAACCGAGCGCUCCGACUCUCCGCCUGCAGCCGCGGACACAUCUCAACAGUCACCAGCGACCGAGUCUGCGGCACCAGAAUGUUCCCCCCAGACUUCAGCGCCCGGCGCCAGCCCGGCUGCCACAUGUCCAGCAAACGCUUCUGCCUGCCAGGAGAGUGUCGGCCCGACAUUAGCCACCAGCACUGAAUCCAAGUCGGCCGUGACCUCCUCAGCAACCCCUCCGUGUGCCACUCAGAGUUCAGAAGUUGCCGGGCAGCAGGCGGACUCCGCGGAUCCCUCAGAAUCCGAGUCUGUGAGCGUCCCCACAAAACAAAUCAGGUUGGAACUAAGCGACAGCCUCGUGUCGGCUCUUCAUGACCUUCAGAAGGCCCUCGGAGAGCCCAACGCCUUCAGCCAGCAAGGAGCGAGGGAGGCGUACACCAGCGUGCUACAAGAGUGGCUGCGCGUGUCCUGCCACAAAGCGGCGGACGUGGCGAUGGUCCGGGCCUACAUGGAUGCUUUUGCAGCCAUCUCGCCUCAGCUGCUGCAGUUUAUCAUCAACAUGGCGGACGGCAACGGAAACACGGCGCUGCACUACACCGUCUCGCAUUCCAACUUCCCCGUGGUCAAACUGCUGCUUGACACCGGUCUGUGUAAUGCUGACAAACAGAACAAGGCGGGCUACACGGCUAUCAUGCUCACCGCUCUGGCUGCCUUCCACUCAGACAGCGACCUUCAAGCCGUCCUGCAGUUGCUGCGAACUGGGGACGUCAAUGCCAAGGCCAGCCAGGCCGGUCAGACAGCGCUGAUGCUGGCGGUCAGCCACGGCCGGGGGGACAUGGUGCGAGCCCUCCUGUCCUGCGGGGCCCAGGUCAACAUCCGCGACGAAGAUGGCUCCACGGCGCUCAUGUGCGCCUGCGAGCACGGUCACGUGGACAUUGUGCGACAGCUACUAUCUGUGCCCGGCUGCAACGCCACCCUUACUGAUAAUGAUGGCAGCACUGCGCUCUCCAUCGCGCUGGAGGCCAGCCAGAACGACAUCGCCGUGCUUCUCUACGCUCACCUCAACUUUGCCAAGCCUCCUUCCCCUGUUUCUCCAAAAUCUCCUCUGCUGGGCUCUUCUCCUCCUGCCAGUGAAACAAAAUGAAAAGUCUCCCGUUGUUAGUGAAGCACAUUUUCAGUCGCCCGUCCGUAUUUUUUUGUUUGUUGUGUCUUAUGAGCGACUGAACUCCACGAAAUAACACGCGUGUUUGGAAGAACAUGAUGUCAGCCAUAUGGAAUAACAAAAGCAACAAGUGCCCUUGAUCGGUUGCGUCCGCUUUCUCACCACCGCGACAGUUUUAUCAGUAUUUAUACACCAAAUGUUAUGUAUUCUAUUUUUGAUAGUUUUUUCUUAAAUCUGAUUUACCUCAGGACCUCGGCGGAUGACUAUUUUUAUUUUAUUCGCACCAGCCAACAAAUGAAUACAUUUGAUAAGGUACUACAGUGUUCGUGAAGGAACAGAAACAGAAAGUGACUGAUGAGUAAGAAGGAAGUGUGUAAGUUAUACGGAAAUAAUAUAUGUCCCUUUUCGACUGGUAGCUAUCACACCGGAAAUCAAAGUGAUGUCAACAUUUCACAGACUUUUUUUAUGCCCACUAAACGGCCAUAUUCACUUUGGAGCAAGUCACGUUUUUAUAAAGGUGUUUAAUUUAAGCAUCGAUCUUUUUAUACACUUUGGGUCACUGGCGGCGCUAGUGGGGGGGUCGUGAGGGCACUGGCCCACCUGAAAUACGCUUGGAAUUUUUUAUGUAAUCCUGAAAAUAAAAGAGGGACUACAGAAUAAGUUUGUUUUAAUUACUACUGUCUGAUCAUAUUAAUGGCUUUUCUAGUAUUUCUGGAUGGAGUUUUGAGGUUUUCACAAAUGCGGGAAAAAAAUAAAAAACCAUUGUCAUUGGGUUUUGGUUGUUGUGUAACUUUUGAACAUUCGACACAUAAAGCUGACUAUGUAUAAAUAAGA